AUGAAGACCUCUAUCGCUAUCCUCUCCGCCUCCAUGGCUUCCGUCAUGGCGAUCCCCUUCACCAUGAGCACCCAGAAGUGCAACAUCGCCCCUGCUGGGUCCGCCAACGGCAAGAUCAAGGCCUACCACGCUGGCAGUGCCGACACUGCCGUUGACUGCCAAACCGUCUGUGCCUCGGACGAUACUUGCAAGAGCUUUGUCUUCGGAUUGAUCAAGGGCGCACCUCAUCCCAGCUGCCUUAUUUUCGACGUCCAGGCUUCCAAGGUUCCUGCUCGCAAGGAUGGUCUGCACGUCUUUGACAAGGAGUGUGCAUCCGACCGUGUUCCCACUUCUGCCCCUACCACCGAUCAGCCCUGGGGAACCGUUCCCAAGAACGUGCUUGUCCGUCGCUCUGCCAAGUGCAACUGUGCCGCUUCUGGUUCUGCGAAUGACGAUGUCGAGCCCUACAAAACGACUACCGCAGAUACUGCUAAGGACUGUCAGGCUCUUGCCGAGGCCGACACCUCUUGUCUGAGCUUCCUCUACGGUCUUCCCGAUAACUCUGAGACUCCCAUCUGCAAGCUCUUCAAGGUUGCCGCUGCCAAGAUUCCUGCUCGUAGCGAUAAGCUGUUUGUCUUUGACAAGGGAUGCUCUUCUAAGCAGGUUCCCACUACUGCCCCUACUAAGGAUGCUCCUCGCGGCCUGGUCUCUGAGAAUGCUUCCAAGGUGACCAAGGUUCAGGACGCUCCUGCCAAGGCUACCAAGGCUGCCAAGGUUGCUGUGUCUGGUAGCAAGGAGAAUAACAAGGCCAAGUCCAAGGCCAAGGCCAAGGCCACCAAGGUCCAGAACGAGCAGGCAAAGGCUACCAUGGUUUCCAAGAACGAGAACAAGGAGACCAGCUACACCACGGAGAACGAGAGCGACAUCUCUAAGGACAGCAAGAACACCAAGGUUACUCAGAACAAGGAUAACAAGACUGAGGCCAACAAGACCACCGAGAACAAGGACACCAAGGAGAACAAGGGCUCUGAGAACAAGGACAACAAGCAGCAUACCAUCAGCCCCAAGACUAUCAUCACCAAGGUCCGCACCGGAACCCAGGCCACCCAGGCUGCUAAGGCCGAGGGUAAGGGGUCUGCUUGCAAGACCAACAAGGCUGCCAACUCUCAGCCAACCCAGAACUAG